GUUUUUGGUGCAAUUUCACGAGUGGCAUCUGAUAAAUUUAUUAAUUUUAUUGAACUUGUAAACCCUAUUUUAGAGAACAUUCAAUUUGAACCUUUAUUAAAACCCUCAAAAAAAACCCACUUUGAUCUUUUACUAUACGAUUUACCAACCAAAUUAAAAGAAUGCGUUAAUCAAUACUCAGAUUGGGAAAUAAAAAGAUCAAUGUUUACUGAUGAAGAAAAGAAUAAUUAUUUUAUGAAACUAGCCAAAAAACAUUUAAACAAUUUAAUCCAAUUAAAAUCAAUUAAAGACUAUAAAUUCAUAUGUAUUGUUAUGGUUGACCAAGGUCAUUCAAAAAUCGAAUAUUCCCCAUCAGAUGGUUUAUAUUAUUUAAACAAGUUAUCAAUCAACAGCAAUGAUAAUAAUAAUAAUGAUAAUCUCACCAACUACUCAAAAAUAACGAUUGGUUCUAUUAAAUAUAAUAUUUUAGAAAUAUUAAAUUUAAACCAUCACAAAGAUAAUGAUAUAUAUUUUGAUUAUAAAACAAUGAUUUUAUUAUUAGAAACUACCGAUACAAAUGAAAAAAUUUAUUGUAUUCGAAAACAAAAGAAGGAACAUUUAACUGAAGAUAUAAUAGAUGAAGUUAAAUUUGAAGAAAUUGAUAAUAAUAAGUUUAAAGAAUUUAAUGAUCAAAUCAUUGUUCCAUGCUAUAUUGUUCAAGAUAUUAAUACAUCAUAUUAUUUCUUUAAAUCUGAAUUAAAAAUCAAAUCAAUCGAGGACAUAAUUGAAAAAGAUUACAAUGAUAUCAGCAUAAUAAGAUCAUUAUUAUAUUAUUUCGAAUAUUUUGUAUCAAACCCAUCAAACUCAAAUCAAGUGAUUCUAAUUAAAUCAAAAUCAGUUUUAGAUCAACAAACAGAAGAUUUUUUAAUUAUUUUAGAUAUUUCAUAUUUUAUCAGAAGAGUCUAUGGUUUUUAUAUUGAAAAAAUUAAAAAAAUUAAAGAAAAUGUUCAUUUAGUCAAAAUAAAUGAUAAGUUUUAUAUUCGAAAAAUUACAGGUUCAAUUAGAGAAACCAAAGAAAUUUAUGAAAUAAGUGGAAAUUUUGAAGUAAAAUACUGCGAAAAUACAACCAAUCUCUCUGAAUUUGAAAUAAAAUAUCCAUCACAAAUUAUUCAAAUAUUAAAACAAAUGGUUAAUAUUUUAGAAAAAUUAGAAGAACAUGAUGUUUAUCAUCGUGAUAUUAAAAACGAAAAUAUUUUAAUUCAAGAGAAUAAUGGUGAAAUACAAUGUAUUUUAUCAGACUUUGGUACUUCAGGAAUUGGUUCAGAGUUAAAGAAAGAUGAAGAGAAAUAUUACUCAAGAAAUGGUAGCAGAAAUUACCAACCACAUGAAAUUUAUAUCAAAAAACUCAGAAGCAAAAACCCAAUUGAAUCGCUCGAAAAUAAACAUGAUAUCUUUAGUUUAGGUUGUGUUAUCCAAUCCUUAUUUGAUGAAAAUAAAUUAAUAGCAGGUGAAGAGAUUAAUACAAUUAUUAAAAAAAUGACCCAAUUACAACUAUAUAUUUGUAAAAGAAUAAAACUAUUUAAUUUAGAAACUUUAAAUGAUUCUGAAAUAGGAUUAGAAAAGAAUUUCACCCAAUCAGUAAACCAAGAACUCAAAUUUUUAAAACGAUAUUCAAAUAAAGAAAAAUACCCACAUUUAAAUAUUAUUCAAUAUAUUGAAGAUUUUAUCACCAUAAAACCAAAUAAAGACUAUUACCAUUUAAAUAUCAUCACUGAAUUUUAUGAAAAUGGGGAUUUAUCAAAGUUAAAAAGAACACUUAAUGGCCCCAAUAAAAUUACUGGGGAGCCGGAAUAUGAGUUUUAUUUAGGUGAUUUAGGAUCCUCAAGAAUUAUUUUAGGUUUAACUCAAGAUGGCCGCUAUACUCAAGAAGGAACUAAUCAAUUUAUAGCACCUGAGGUAAUUGGGGGAUUUUAUACUCCCAAUGUAGAUGUUUACAGUUUAGGUGUUACUUUAUUAAAACUUUAUGAAAAUACUAGCUCAGAAAUGUGUAAUUUAGUUUUUUUAGAAAUAUUAAAAAGAAUGGCCAAUGAAGAUGAACACCAAAGACCACAACCAUCCCAAAUAUUAGAAUUCAUUUGCAAACACUAUGAAUUUUUAAGACUAACAUCUGGGGAUCUCAUUCAUAGAAACCUAAAAGAAUCAUUAUAUUUUGUUAAUCAAAAAUACAAUUUUUUUGAAAAAAGUACAAGUACAAGUCCAAUUGAUUUUAAUUUAAAUAAUUUUUUUAAUUUUAGUAAUCAUUCAUUAAAUUUUUAUUAUAAUAGCAAUAAUAAUAAUGGUUUUGAUAUUACCAAAGAUUAUAAAUGUAUUGGUUGCGUUAAUAUAAUAAAUAGCCAACAAUAUUUUAUCAUAAUUGACGGAAAAUAUUUUAGUUUAUUUUCAGUUAAAAGCUUUUUAUCUGAUAAAAAUUCAGUUAUGAAACAAUAUUUCGAUCUAAUGUUUUCUGAAGAAAUGUUUUCAUUUUAUUUUAUGGAAUGUUCAAAAGUUUUUCCAUUGGGUUUAGAAUCAAAUAAUGUUGAACCAGUAGAUAUCAAUGAAGCUGACUAUCGAAGGAGUUAUUAUUUAAUAGUUAACCCAACUGAAAACACUUUAAAACAAAUCUCAUUACAAAAUCCAAAUGCCAUAACAAAGAAAAUUCAAUUAAUAUUAUUAUUUAAAUUAAUUUUAUUAUUUUUUCAAAUUUUCGAAAAAGGAGAUAUCAAAAUGCUGUAUUUAUAUUUUCAUUUUUUAAAUGGCUUUCAAGUAUUUUUAACAAACAAAAACGAACCAUCCAAAGAUGAAGAAAAUCAAGAACCAUUCAAUGAUGUUAGGUUUUCAAUACUCUCUACAUUUGCAGAUCCAACAGAGAAACUACCUAACUUUAUAGAUAUGGUCUUCAAAGUCUAUAAUAUAGAAACCAAAGACCCAGUCAUUGAUAAGAUUUAUGACUAUUUUAGUACUACCUUCGAAAAAGCUGAAACACCAGUUUAUUUUCAAUAUAAAUAUAUUUAUCAAAUUUUAGAAAAUGAAAAAGAAAGAUUAAUAAAUGAAAACAAAUACUUAAUGGAAUAUUACGAUAAAUUAGAUACAAGCUAUAACAAUAUAUUGAAGAAAACUUCUAUUUCUGAAACUUUUGUUAUUAAUCCAGUUAAACAAUUUCAUAAAAAAUCAAAAACACAUUUACCAAUAUAUAUAGUUUAUCUUGAAGGAGAGGUUUUUGGUGCAAUUUCACGAGUGGCAUCUGAUAGAUUUAUUAAUUUUAUUGAACUUGUAAACCCUAUUUUAGAGAACAUUCAAUUUGAACCUUUAUUAAAACCCUCAAAAAAAACCCACUUUGAUCUUUUACUAUACGAUUUACCAACCAAAUUAAAAGAAUGCGUUAAUCAAUACUCAGAUUGGGAAAUAAAAAGAUCAAUGUUUACUGAUGAAGAAAAGAAUAAUUAUUUUAUGAAACUAGCCAAAAAACAUUUAAACAAUUUAAUCCAAUUAAAAUCAAUUAAAGACUAUAAAUUCAUAUAUGGUUUAGAAACGAUUAUUAUUGGUGAAGAAAUAUUUUAUUUUUUCGACUAUUUAGGAGGAAGUCCAUUUAGUAUAGUUGGUUCAAUUUAUGAUAUUGCUCUUUACUUUUUUGGUCAAGAAGAUAGCUGUCAACAACUCUUAAAUUUAAAUUUCUUUAAAUAUUUAAAUAUUUUAUUUUGUUAUAGUGUUAUGGUUGCCAAAGGUCAUUCAAAAAUCGAAUAUUCCCCAUCAGAUGGUUUAUAUUAUUUAAACAAGUUAUCAACCAACAACAAUGAUAAUAAUAAUAAUGAUAAUCUCAUCAACUACUCAAAAAUAACUAUUGGUUCUAUUAAAUAUAAUAUUUUAGAAAUAUUAAAUUUAAACCAUCAGAAAGAUAAUGAUUUAUAUUAUGAUUAUAAAACAAUGAUUUUAUUAUUAGAAACUACCGAUACAAAUGAAAAAAUUUAUUGUAUUCGAAAACAAAAGAAGGAACAUUUAACUGAAAAAACAAUAGAUGAAGUUAAAUUUGAAGAAAUUGAUAAUAAUAAGUUUAAAGAAUUUAAUGAUCAAAUCAUUGUUCCAUGCUAUAUUGUUCAAGAUAUUAAUACAUCUUAUUAUUUCUUUAAAUCUGAAUUAAAAAUCAAAUCAAUCGAAGACAUAAUUGAAAAAGAUUACAAUGAUAUCAGCAUAAUAAGAUCAUUAUUAUAUUAUUUCGAAUAUUUUGUAUCAAACCCAUCAAACUCAAAUCAAGUGAUUCUAAUUAAAUCAAAAUCAGUUUUAGAUCAACAAACAGAAGAUUUUUUAAUUAUUUUAGAUAUUUCAUAUUUUAUCAGAAGAGUCUAUGGUUUUUAUAUUGAAAAAAUUAAAAAAAUUAAAGAAAAUGUUCAUUUAGUCAAAAUAAAUGAUAAGAUUAAAAUUGAAAAUUUAUUAACUUUUCAUUAUAAACUUAGUUUUAUAUUCGAAAAAUUACAGGUUCAAUUAGAGAAACCAAAGAAAUGUAUUUAA